GCGGCAUGUUUGGUUUGUGUUGACAUUGUUGACGUUUUCCUAUAUUUACUAUUAUAAUAAGGAAUAAAAUUUUACUUUUUUAAGAAUUAAUAUAUUAUAGGGAUAUAACUUCCCGAAAAACUACUUUAUAACCCCUAUUGUGUUCUUUCACACUUCCUAUCUCCCUGUUAUGGAUCUACCUACGAGCCCCUUCGGUAAAAAUUAAUUUUUCUACUUAAGCCAAAUAAUAAGGCAACAUGACAAAAAAGGGAUGCUGUGUGGUCCCAAAUUGCCGAAACGGAUCUGAAAAAACCUGCGGAACUGACGUGAUUUAUCAGAAGAUACCCCCGAAAGAGAAAAUUCGACGACGAUGGAUUAGGGCUAUUGAAGCAAACUUUGAUGAUUUUGUUGUUGACACGACAACUUCAAUAAGGGUUUGCAGUGACCAUUUUGAGACAGGCCAGAUUAUCAUAGGAAAGAAUGGUAAAAAAAGUGUACAGCUAGAUGCUGUCCCUACAAUUUUCAUUAAACAUAAUGUUGUUAAAAAAAAAGAGAAAGAUCCAGAUCCCAUAAUUAAACCUAGACAUCAAUCUCGAAGGGCUGCAAGUAAAGAAGCAUUAAAGCAAAUGCAAAUAUUAUUAGAAGACGAAGAUGAUGCCGUUGAAAUACCUGAUGAUGAUUAUGUCUAUAAAGGGGACAUAAAAGAAGAGCCAGUCACAGUUCCAGUUGUACCACCACCUACUCCAAAGAAAAAAUACAAAUUAACCCACAGAAAGUCUUCAGAUGGAAAUGACAGAGAAGUGUUGGUGUUAAAAAGCAUUAAAACUCCAAACAUUACAAACCAUUCUGUGGAAAAUAAUUUGGAAUUGGAAUGUUGGGUCGAGGAACUGGAACCAUGUCAGAAAGAGAGAAACCAGAAAUUGCAAGAUGAGGAGAAAGAGUUGCAAAAUAAGUUGGAUGAACUGAUUAAGUCUUGUAAAGGAGAGGUGAUAUUUAAGGGGGAGCUUACUACUAUCAUUGAAGUGUCUGAACAUGUGCAUAAGACUAUACAAGCUGUAAAAGCUUCCCAGAACACCCCACCCCCACCACCAAUAGUAAUAAACAGCAUGGUGGCGAGCCCACAACCUGGCUAUCAAGUGCUGGGUUAUCAAAUGGCUAACCCCACCAAUCAAACCAAAAUAUCCAAAAUCCAGGUGGCAAAAAACUUGCAAGCUCCACCUCCCCCAGUGACCACAUCAGUUCCGACCACUCCAGUAAACCGAACCUCCAGGACGAUGAGAGGGAAAGCGACACCACAAACCGCGACUAGAUCUACCGCCUCUGCUACCCCAGUGGCCACAAGAUCGGCCGCUUCUUCCCCGGUAGCCACUAGAACCGCUACUUUGACACCGGUAGCGACAAGAUCAACUGCUGCUACCCCCGUAGCAACAAGAUCGGCAGCAGCAGCUACACCGGUUGCAACCAGAUCGGCCGCGGCCACACCGGUCGCAACUAGAUCCGCAGUUGCUUCACCUGUGGGAACUAGAUCGGCAGUUGCUUCAUCUGUGGGAACUAGAUCGGCUGCUAAUGCGACGGUUGCAACUAGAUCGGCCGCCGCAGCCGCUACGCCUCCGGUCGGCACUAGAUCUGCUGCUCCUGUAACUGCUAGGGCGGCUGCGGCCAUUACGCCCGUGGCAACUAGGUCGGGGGCGAGUGCAGUGGCUGUUGCCACUAGAUCUGCCGGAACUAAACGACCGGCUGUUACUCCGCCGCCUCCUGUGGCGCCACCAGCAACUAGGUCUAGAGGAAGUACCGUAACCGCUUCCACUUCUUUGCCCAAACCGACCGAAAGUAGCGUAGAGGGCGGUCUACUAACCGGAACAAAUAUUAAACCGAAAGCCGUGGUGGAUUUAACAGCGGACGAUGGAAGACCUCUGCCGGACAGUAAAGAGGUGUCUUUCAAUAAACUUCAAGGGAAAACUUUCCCGUCGUUGGUGGUGGUGGCUCGACCACAGCUCAGAGUAGAAAACGUUAAUUCAGACCGUGCCAAACUGGAUUCGAAGGUCAAGUCUGUUUUGAUGUGCGUUCCAGCAAAGUUUACUGAGUGGUUGAUUCAACAAGGCCUAGUGAAGUCCGAACAGAGAUGCACUACUCAUCCUGCGAAUCAGCUGAAGUUGGGCAUGUACAGUGACGUGUCCAAAUUUCCAUAUUCCGGAGGCUACGUGUGGAUUUCCGAAUGUUGCCCUCAGAAAUUCGUCUCUGUAUUUAGCGGGUCGAUAUUCGAAGGGUCUCCACAUCCUCCUUUGGUUAUAUUGAAGCUUUUGUACCAUUGGUCUUGUCAGACGAAUAUUCAAAAUGUCGUUCAAUGGGUAAAAGUAGACAAUCUGUACAUUAAAGGAAUGUACACUUGGUUGCGUAGCAUUUGCUCUUUGGCCCUACAAACUCACAUGAGGAAACUAGGAGGACCAAACAUCCGAGUGGAACUGGGCGUAAUAUCGCUGGGUACGACCUCGCAGGACGGUAAUUCGCGCCAGGUCAAAGUUGAAGUACUGGGGGUACUGGAAACGACCACCAAACUUUUAAGGCUCAGAGCUAUUGAACCUUUGGCGGACGGCGAUCGGAAUUAUAAAAAACGUUUCGCGAAAAUCCUCGAGCCGAUCGUGCAUUGGGUCCAUAACGGCAGCACCAUCGUGACAGACUUGACGGUCGAUAAGUCCACCUUAUGCCAGUUGGGUUUUAAUAAGGUUGUUCAACAUAGCACGGCGAAUGUGGACGAAUCGAAUACGAACAAGACUAUUAUGGAGUAUCUGAGGAAAAUCGUGCCCAGGAUGUUCCAAAAUGCUUUGUCGUUGCUUUCCAGACAAAUAAUUCAACAAUUUCUGGACGAGCUGGUAUGGCGCGAAUGGUUCGGUAACACCUCCCUGCAAGCUUUCGACAAUUUAGUGGCCCACGUUGCGGAACAAACGAAAUUCGAAUGCAACCAAAGCCUCAUUGUAAAGUUGAGUAGGGUGGCCCAAAAUCCAUUUAAACAAUGGAACGUCCCCUCGGUCACCGUCACGUCGUCGUGUGUCCCGCCGCCCCCCACUCCCCAGGUACCGGUGAAAACUGCCGAGAUCGUCAAAAAAAGGAAAAGGAAGGAUACCGAACCUCUUCCGAAAGCAGCCAGCGCAGUAUCGGCAGAAAUAUGUAGACCGCCGAAAUCGAACUCGCCCGAUGUACCGACGUUAAUGGUACCGCUCGAGAACUAUUACUACGGUACCAUAGACAAUUACCCGCCGAAAAUGAACGUGAAAUUGAGCAUCAAGUGUCCGGUUUGUAAGGAGGUGUUUACCAAUAAUAUCGUGCUGAUGAACCAUCUGUUUAAACAUGCCCAUAGUUUGGUGAAAGACGGUGAAAUGUGCCGUUAUUGUUUGACCAGUUUGCCCACUCAGGGUGAUCUUUUGGCUCAUAUUGCAACUUUACAUCCUUCAGAAACAAAACAUGACAAUGGAUUUAUUUGCCUAAUAUGCGAGACCCAGUAUAUGAACCCAUUUAUUUUGGGCAAACACAUGUCCAAAGAGCACUGUCCCGCUGAAUUGCCCUAUCAGUGUGGAACUUGUGGAUAUAGGUGUUCAAAUCAUAAACAGGCCAUUGACCAUUUCUACAAGCAACACGACAACGGUCCGACCAUCCAGUGUCCCUUCUGCCUAAAAUCGACCACCGUGUUCUCGUCCUCGCGAAAUAUGACCCAAAACAUGCACUUUUUCAUUCAACAUUUACAAAAACACCAGAAAAAAACAUACGCCAAGAGAUGUGGCAAAUGUAAUCUGUGGUUCGUUCAAAAAGAGGUUCUAAAAGAGCAUUACUCGAAAAUGCACGCUUCUCAGCGGGGGAAGACCGGUUUGGUGCCUUGGACGGCUCCUAGGAACGGCGUUAUGGUACCCAAAUCCAAAAUGGAUAAGUACCCGAGCGACGGGGACGUCAUCAAUUUCAGCACCUUGUUUUAUAACGUCACUAAGGGGCUCAAAUGUAAGGAGUGUAAUCAGCCAAUGGAUACUAAUAAACAUUUUGCGUCCUACGAGAAUUGUCAAAAUCCAAACUGCCAAUACGCCACCUGUUGUGCGAAUGCGAUGCAGGACCACAACUCGAAGUGCAAUAAAAUCAACAACGGCGACGCCCCCUGCGAAAAGUUGCCGUAUAAAAUGUUUUGCAUUUGCGGAUUCAGCAGCGAAGACGGUAAUCAAAUCGCUAAACAUUUGGCCAUAUGCGAGAAGAAAUCCGCUUAUCCGUCACUUUCUGACGCUAAAAGUGCUUCUGUCACACACAGUAUGCUGGACGUUCUCGGUUUGGUGAGGAAACCGGACGAAACUGAGCGGAAACCAUCAAAAACCACUAAGAAAGUUAUUAAGAAAGUUGAUACCGACGAGGCUGAUAGCACUUCAGAUACUGAAGUCAGAAAGAGGAGAAAGCUCAAUAAGGAAGAUGCAGCAAAAACUGAAAAUAAAGUGCCGGAAAAGGGAGAUAAAACGGCUCAAGAUGAUCCCAAAUGUGAAGUUGAUCAAACCCUAACAGUGAACGAAAACAAAGAAAAACCAGAUAUGAAAACUUCUGAAGAUGAAUCCAUGCCAGACCCUAACCAACAAGACACAGAAGUUACUUCUAAGGAAAAUCCUAAAUCAGAAGAGUGCCAAGCGAUUGAAAUUGCUGGAGAUGGGCCGACAAACGAAAAAGAGGCAACUAAAGAAUGUGACGACAGAAUUACUCCUGAAGAAACUCCCGGUGAAGUUGAAGCCGCUAGUGAUAAGGAUCCCGCUGAUGAUGAAGAUGUUGAAUUUAAAGAAACGCCCGCGGAAAAAAGUGAAGAACCUAGAAAAGAAAACGACAAUAUUCUUGUGACAGCAGAAGAUAAAGUUGCCAAUCAAACAGAAACCACAAAAGGACCAGAAGAAAAGUGUGAAGAGGAAGCAACUGAGGAUGUUUUAACAAGAGAAGGUUCAGAAGAUGAGACCUCGGUUGACAAAUCUCCAGUUGUAAAUCCUGAAUCAGAAAACAUGGAUUCACUUAACGCUAAGGAAAAUGAUGAUAUACCCCCCAUAGAAAACUUGGACAUGCCAGAAGAGCGGCCAAAUGAAGAAGAAUCUGGCGAUACUCACCCAGAGAGCCCUGGUUCGAGUGUAGAACAUGAACCUACUGAUGCAGACCCCAUUAAACUUACUGUAGAGCCAGAAGAAGUGAAUCAAACAGAAGAGGCGCAUGAGGACGAUAAAGUAAUAGAAAAAGUAGAUCAGGAAGAAGCCGAGUCGGUUAGUCAGGAACCUGAACCGAAUCCAGAAAAUAAAAGUAAUCCCUGUUCUCCAGAACCUGAUAAUGUUCAAGAUCCCGAAGACCUAGAUAAAGAUGAUCCUGUUACUGAAGAUCAUGACAAAAUUGCAGAUAAUAACAGGCCCCAUUCUCCAGAAACAACUUCUUUGGUGUCCGAAGAUGUUAAAAUUGACCCACAAGAAGACGAAGAGAAGAGGCCCCAUUCUUCAGAACAAAUCAUUUUUCAAGAUGAAGAUCCUCAAGAAGAUACAGCGGAAACGGAACCCACUAUUAAAGAAGAAAUAUCACAGUCUCCUUCUGAAGAAAACCCUUUACAAGAUGACGGGGUUGCUAAAGAAAAUGUAGCAAUAGAGGCGUCGGAAGAUUCCAGGGCACAUUCUCCAGAACCAGCUUCAGCCGCAGAUAACACGUUUGAAGAUGAUACAGUAGCAGAAGAUGAGAAGCCACAUGCCGAUGAAAACUCUCUUCAAGGCGCUGAUGUGCUGAAAAGUGAUACGGCAAUAGAGCCAGUGGCAACUAUGGAAGAAGAUAGAUCACCAUCUCCAGAAGAAAAUCCUUUUCAAGACUCUGAAGUUCCUAAAGAAGAUGCUGCAAUAGAACCAGAAGCCACAAAAGAUGCUCUACAUUCUUCAGAAGCGACGGACUUGUGUCAAUCAGAUGUUGCGAUUGAUCCCCAAGGGACCGUUGAAGCAAACAUGGAAAAAAUGUUUGAAAAUGAAGAUGCUUUAGGGGCACGCAUGGACUUUGAAAAUAUCUCAAGUAGUGGGUUGGAGGCAAUGGAAACGGACUAAGUUGUGAUGAAUCGGGAACGUAUAAUUUUCUUUUCUUUAUAAUGUACAGUCAGAAAAUGCUUUUUUUUUGUUACUCUUUAUUAAAGUGGUCUUACUUUAUUAUGAUCAUAUUUUUAUUUUAUUAGAAUGUCAUAGUAAUAAUGUGUACUGGCAUAUUAAAUAUGUUCUAAGCCUACAAAAAA